AUGAGUAAAACACAGCUCUCCAAACGGCACGACAUCGCCACCUAUUGGCUGGAGACGCUGCUCCGAAGGCGGAACCUUCAGGACAGCUACGUAGCGUCCCGAACACUCAGACUGAAGCCAGGGCAGCCAUGUUCAUUACUGGAACCGUGAGGUCGGUGGGGCGGGAGGGCGGCGUUGAGACAGCUGUCAUUUUCAGUUAGGGCAAAAGCCGACUUCCGGUCACCAUCUUGAGUGACGACAGAGGCGGAGCUCCAACUGACAUGUUCAUUAAGGGCAGGGCUCCGAGGGCGCCACCUCGAGAGCGACAGCGGGCUACCCGUGGCGGGCGGAGGCAGGUUGUAGCCCCGCCCCGGGUCUUGGGCUCCACCUCUCGGCCCCACUUCCGCCGGGCGAGCGUCUGUAGGCGGCGUUGCCGUAAAUCGGGCGGUCGGCUUGCCGCAUCACGCAACAUGGCGGCCGCGGCGGUGAACGGGGCGGCAGGCUUCUCGAACUCGGGGCCCGCGGCGACCUCGGGCGCUGUCCUACAAGCCGCGACCGGCAUGUACGAGCAACUCAAGGGCGAGUGGAAUCGUAAAAGUCCCAAUCUUAGCAAGUGCGGGGAAGAGCUGGGCCGGCUAAAGCUAGUUCUUCUGGAGCUCAACUUCUUGCCAACCACAGGGACCAAGCUGACCAAACAGCAGCUCAUUCUGGCCCGUGACAUACUGGAGAUCGGGGCCCAGUGGAGCAUCCUGCGCAAGGACAUCCAGACCAACGUCUACAUCAAGCACCCUGUGUCCCUGGAGCAAUACCUGAUGGAGGGCAGCUACAACAAAGUGUUCCUGGCCAAGGGUAACAUCCCCGCCGAGAGCUACACCUUCUUCAUUGACAUCCUGCUGGACACCAUCAGGGAUGAGAUCGCUGGGUGCAUCGAGAAGGCCUACGAGAAAAUCCUUUUCACUGAGGCCACCCGGAUCCUCUUCUUCAACACACCCAAAAAGAUGACCGACUACGCCAAGAAGGUGGCUGGGGUACAGGGCAAGGGGCCAUGGGACCAAGGGGUGAAAUCACUAACAACAGUGUGGGGUGGCUUUGAGGGACACUGGAACAAGACUGCCCAGGUUUAAGUGCGUGACUCUAGGCAAGCUGCCAAAGCUCUCUGAGCCUCAGUUUCUCUGUCCACAGAAUGGAGCUAGAUACAUAGGAUGAGCUUAGUGCUGGCACCAGCUAGAGGUGGGCAGAGGUGGGCGCUGCAUGCAUGUUGGCUGCUGUCUUUAUCAAAAUUUCUUAGAAGUGGCAGCUUUUUCUGCAAGACUUUGCUUCAUUUGGUCUCAGACGUUUGAGCACGAGCAAUGCUUGGUGUUGCAAUAGGAGGGCCGGACCAGGCUAUGGAAGGUGAAACUGGGUGGGCGCAGUGGCUCACACACACUGAGGUGGAUCUUCCCACCUAGGCUCACUCUGGGAGGCUGAGGUGGGAGGAUCACCUGAGGUCAGGAGUUCGAGACCAGCCUGGUCAACAUGGUGAAACCCCGUCUCUACUAAAAAAUACAAAAAAAUUAGCUGGAUGUGGUGGCGGGUGCCUGUAAUCCCAGCUACUUGGGAGACUGAGGCAUGAGAAUUGCUUGAACCCAGGAGGCGGAGGUUGCAGUGAGCCGAGAUCACACCAUUGCACUGCAGCCUGGGCGACAGAGCGAGACUCCGUCUGGGGAAAAAAAAAAAAAAAGAAGGUGAAAUUGAAUUUGAGUGAGGGUGACAGCUGAAACUAUCACUCGGGCCAAACACUAUCCUCGGUGCUUUAAAGGUGUUGAUUCACCAAAUCCUCACAGUCGACCCAGAGAGGUGUGUAGUUAGGGUCCCAGUGUCAACACAGAGAAACUGAGGCACAGAGGUGAAGUUACUUGUCAAGAGUCGUUGAGGUAGAGUAGAGUUGGUGAGAAAAGACAGUAUAGGCAAGUGCUGGCUCCAUAGGGUGGGGACGGAGCCUUUGUGAUCACCCUACCCAUCUCUGAUCCCUCCUUUCCUGCAGCGAGGGUGGGUCCUGGGCCCCAGCAACUACUACAGUUUUGCCAGCCAGCAGCAGAAGCCGGAAGACACCACCAUUCCCUCCACAGAACUGGCCAAACAGGUCAUCGAGUAUGCCCGGCAGCUGGAGAUGAUCGUCUGAGCCCACUGGGCACUGGGUGGGGCAGGGCAUGAGUUAUUUAAAACAGUUACACUGCAGGGUUUUGUCCAAUAAAGGUGGAUUGACAUUCCCUCUUCCAGGCCCUUGUCUCCCCAGUUGGGAUGGCAGAGAGACAAGUAUCUCUGAAGAACUUGGAGGUUUUGGGGCGCUCAGGGGUUGGAGAUAACACCCUCCACUGGGUAAGCCUCUGUUUGGUUGGGCAUUGCUCAGGGCCUCAAACACAGACGCCCACUGUAGGGCCCAGCAGCACUGUGGCCUGCAGGAGGGCAUGGCCCCAGGUAGGGGGACUGUUCUAGCCAACUGUGGACACACAGGAAUGCUGGGCCAGGGUACCAGAUUUUUUCAACAAAGCGGGUGAAGUGUCCUAUUAAAAAGAAUAAAUGUUGGUGAUGAAUUAAACAAUUUUUCAAAUGA